CCCCACCGCGCAGUCCCGUCUUCCUCGCACGCGCUUUCUCCUUCUAUCUUGCCGGUGUCACGUGCCAAGGGAGAGGAGGAACUCGUCACGGUUCUCUCCACCCUCUUUCCCUUCCCCUCCUCAGUUCCGCCCCCCCCCCAGUUCCCCGCGCUCCCCCUGGCCGCCAUGUUUUCCAACAGGGCCCGGCUUUGGCUUCCUCCAUAAGGAAAUGGCCAGGGAGCACCAAGGAGCCCUAGGGCCAUCGCUACUACGGAGCCCGAGCUAACGAGGCUGGAAGAAGGCCAUGGCGUCCAGCAGUAACUGGUUGUCCGGGGUGAACGUCGUGCUGGUGAUGGCCUACGGGAGCUUGGUAUUUGUGCUGCUGUUCAUUUUUGUGAAGAGGCAGAUCAUGCGUUUUGCUAUGAAGUCUCGAAGAGGCCCUCACGUUCCAGUGGGGCACAAUGCUCCCAAGGAUCUGAAGGAAGAGAUUGACAUCCGACUAUCCAAGGUCCAGGAUGUAAAAUAUGAACCCCAGCUUCUUGAAGAGGAUGAUACCAGACUUUUGCAGCUGGAGACACCAGGAAAUCAACAUUGCUAUAACUACCUGUACAGGAUGAAAGCAUUGGAUGCCAUUCGUGCCUCUGAGAUCCCAUUUUAUUCAGAAGGCCGGCAUCCUCGUUCCCUAAUGGGCAAGAACUUCCGCUCCUAUCUGCUGGAGCUUCGAAACACAAGUACCCCCUUCAAGGGUGUCCGCAAAGCUCUCAUUGAUACCCUGCUAGAUGGCUAUGAAACAGCUCGAUAUGGAACUGGUGUCUUUGGCCAGACCGAAUAUCUACACUACCAAGAAGCACUGAGUGAACUGGCUGCCGCUGUCAAAGCCCGUGGUGGGAGCUCCCAGCGGCAGCACCAGUCAGCAGCUAAGGAUCUAACACAGUCUCCUGAAGUUUCCUCCCCAACAACCAUCCAGGUCACCUAUCUGCCCUCCAGCCAGAAGAGUAAAAGAGCCAAGCACUUCCUAGAGCUGAAGAGUUUUAAAGAUAACUACAACACACUAGAGAGCACCCUCUGACUGAAUUUGGGGAUAGCCAUAGCCAACAUGGCUCCAAUAGGAGAAUCCAAUCUGUACCCAGGGAUUUCUCCAGGGCAGGAGACACAGCAGCACUGGACAGCAUUGAUAGCAUUAUGCCCAGAAUUCUUGAAAUGUGUGUCUGGAGAUCCUUCCUUAGCUUAUCCCUCUGGUCCUUUUUUAUGGAGUUGAAUGCACAUAUUUUUCCUCUCUCCAUGUCAUUUCCUCCUUACCCCAACUUGUUUUCGAUCAUGGUUAUUUUUUGCCCUCUCCCAAAGUCAGUGUUAUCCUAAAUAGAUUAGUGGGAGUGGGGGAGGGGGCACCUAUCUCACCCACUCGGAUGGGGACUCUAGGCCACAGACGUGUCAUUUAAAGUUGUGGAGUGAAAAAGGCAGAAGAGAACUAGGGUGUUGUACUUCAACCAAGCCUUGCUGAGAUUUGUGUUGUGUUUAGUGCACUGCCUUGCCCUUCUCUUCACAUACUAUAUAGAACAAGAUGUGACUGAGGGAAACUGUCAGGGAUAUAGGCACUAAUUCCAUAUGCUCCCAAUAAGUCACUGCACUGGUCUGACUUUAUAAACCGGUCAUUUAAUAAAAACAGCUGUAAAAAUAA